UGACUGUUGCGGAUGUAGUUGGCUAACAAGGAAAUUAGAGUUUUUGGUUGGUACAACUAGCAGGCUGUAAAAUCACGAAAUCUACCUCCAAUAAAUAAUUUUGAAGUUUAUUUGUGAAAUAUGUUAAACAAUCGAAUGGAUUUACAUGAUGGCAAAAUGUCGCAAGUUUGGAGAAAAUGACGAGGUGACUUGCUUAACAACAGUGGCUUGGACAUUUGUGAUAUGAUAAUCACAAAAGACAAGUGUGUAAAAUGGACUGAAGUAAUUAGUUAGUUGCUAACUAUUGAGAUGUGCUACUAGCUGUACAUAUAAAAAAUAUAUGACCAAUAAGCACUUUAAGUUGUCUUUGCCUACAAAUCACCAAUCUACAUGAACAUCAUGUACUAAGAAAUAAGUUGUUACUGUUUGCAUGCUCUGUUAUCACGUUAAGGUCAAUUCACCUCCACAUACAUUUGUUUUGCUAACCACACAUAAACAGAGCUGAUCAUGUCACUAGUAGAGCAGUCCCAAAAGUGGUUCCCGACUCAUGUCCAAGCCACUGUUCUUCAAGCAACUGACCUACAAGCUAAGAGUAAGAAUGGCACCAACGAUGCCUACACUAUCAUUCAGCUGGGAAAGGAGAAGUACUCGACAUCUGUGGCAGAGAAAACACUUAGCCCAGUGUGGAGAGAAGAAGCCUCCUUUGAGCUGCCAGGUCUGCUUCUGGAGGGCAACCCAGAAAUCUACGAACUAUGCUUCAUCGUGAUGCACAGGUCCCUGGUGGGAAUGGAUAAAUUCCUGGGCCAGAGUACCAUCAAUCUCAAUGAGAUUUUUGAUAACAAGGAGAGAAGGAAAACUGACUGGUACUCUUUGGACUCCAGGCCAGGGAAGAAGAGGAAGGAGAGAGGGAAGAUCCAGGUCAGCAUCCAGUUCAUGAGGAACAACAUGACGGCCAGCAUGUUCGACCUUUCCGUAAAGGACAAGCCCCGCUCGCCCUUCACUAAACUCAAGGACAAGCUGAAGGGUCGCAAGCACGAUGGUGGCUUCUCCGACACCUCCUCAGCCAUCCUGCCCCGCUCCGCCAUGUGUGACUCGGAGACCCUUCGCCAGCCCAGUGCUCCAGACCAUCAGCCCCAGCCAGAGCCCAAGAUCAAGAGACCCUUACUGGCCGGCUCCCAUAAGCUUUCCGCUGCCCACUCCAUGUCCGACCUCAUUGGCACCCACUUCCGCCCCAAGCUGGACUCUAUGAACUCAAUCGAGGAGCUGGAGAAAGGGAGUGGUGCCGCCCCUCACAGGCGCUCCCAGAGUGAGGUGCAAGGCUACCAGAACACAGAGGAACACUGUGACCCUUUUACUGAUAUCAGCGAUGGCCUGCCGCAGAAGUACGCCACCCUUCCUCGCAACCGCAACCCAUUUGAGGUGGAGCAGGGCCAGCUGUGGGACCAAGGGGAGAAGAAGGAGAAGGAGAAGAAGGAGAAGGUCAGCCUACUUGAACGUGUGACCGGGAAGAAGGAGGGACGCAAGACCGACGGGGGCCGUUCGGGCAGCUCUGGAGACCUGCGCUCGCCCAAUCCCUUCAACAGUGAGUCUCAGGGCGACAACCAACCAACCAACCCCUUCAGCUCACACUACAAAGCAAGUGAUAAAAAGCCCACCAGCAAUGAAGACAUCCGGAAGGCGCGAGAGAAACAUGGCAAGAAAAAUGAGACAAAGCAGCCGAGCGUGGCCUCCUAUAGCAACUUGUCUUUUGACGAGGUGGUGCGCGAGCUCAUCAAGCAGAAGGAGGUGGUGAAAAAGAAGGACGCCCAUAUCCGUGAACUGGAAGACUACAUUGAUAACCUGCUGGUCCGCGUUAUGGAGGAUUCGCCGAGCAUCCUACGGACACCCUACGAGCCCAACAGGAAAGCGGGGAAAAUCUCAAAAAAAUAAGUAGAGUCAAGGUAGAGGAAGGUCAAAAAUAGAGGCUUGUAGUAACAGUAAUGUCCCGUCCUAGCCAUUGAAAAAAAAAAUGUAUUGUGGGUAUGGAACAAACAAUGAAGAGACGGGGUGGGGGG